AGCAUCUCUAGCUAAUAUACAUUUCCUUCUUGUUGCUUGUCCCUAUAAAUACUCUAGCAUGGAAGCUUAAGUUCCAAAAACCUUAAGCUUUGAACCCUUUUCUCUCUUUUUCCUACUUCACCUUCUAAAAGUCCAAAAUUCCACUACAGUUCUAUCCGACGCUCGUUGACCUUUAAGUGAAAUCUGCAGGUAACCAAGGGAAUUGUGAACCAGGAUUUUCAGCAUGGACAAGGUGGCAAGAUUGGCCUCAGAGAAAGGGGUGGUGCUAUUCAGCAAGAGCUCGUGCUGCAUGUGUUAUGCAGUCAAAAUCCUAUUCCAAGAGCUUGGGGUGACCCCUAUGAUUCAUGAGCUCGACCAAGACCCUGAAGGCUGGGAAAUGGAGAAAGCCCUGAUGAGGUUGGGGUGUAACGGUCCUGUUCCAGCCAUCUUCAUUGGUGGAAAGCUGGUGGGUUCCACCAAUGAAAUCAUGUCCCUUCAUCUAAGUGGAGGGCUGAUGCCUAUGCUGAAGCCUUAUCAGACUCUGUGUUAAAGAAACUUUUUAAAU